AUGAGUUCCCUAAAGCAAUUCAUUCGGAAUGUGCGAGCGUCAAAAACUAUCGCGGAUGAACGGUCAGUGAUUCAGAAGGAGAGCGCUGCGAUUCGAGCCAGUUUCAGGGAAGAGAGUGCAGAUUCAAAUAUAAGGAGGAGGAAUGUGGCGAAACUACUCUAUCUUUUUACGUUGGGUGAGAGGACGCACUUUGGUCAGAUAGAAUGCCUCAAACUCCUGGCAUCCCCGCAUUUUGCGGACAAACGAUUGGGAUAUCUAGGAACAAUGCUGCUCUUGGAUGAGAAUCAAGAGGUUCUGACACUGGUAACAAAUUCAUUGAAAAAUGAUCUAAACCACUCGAAUCAAUAUGUCGUUGGUCUCGCCCUCUGUACAUUGGGGAAUAUUGCUUCUAUUGAGAUGUCGAGGGAUCUAUUUCCCGAAGUGGAGUCUCUCAUAUCCACAGCAAAUCCCUAUAUCCGCCGAAAGGCCGCUUUGUGUGCCAUGCGUAUCUGUCGAAAAGUCCCUGAUCUCCAAGAACAUUUUAUAGACAAAUCCAAGGCUCUUUUGUCGGAUCGAAACCAUGGAGUCUUGCUGUGUGGCCUCACCCUCGCAACAGAGUUCUGUGAAGAAGAUGAGGCAGUAGGUGGACAUGAGGUUAUUGACAAAUAUCGACCCCUUGUCCCAGGCCUCGUCAAGCACGAUGUCUCUGGAAUCACCGACCCAUUCUUGCAGGUAAAGAUCCUUCGGUUCCUAAGAGUCCUUGGCAGAGGCGAUGUCGCUACGAGCGAAUUGAUCAACGAUAUCCUCGCCCAAGUCGCUACCAAUACUGAGUCCUCCAAAAAUGUUGGAAAUUCCAUACUUUAUGAGGCUGUCUUGACCAUUCUCGACAUUGAAGCGGAUUCCGGUCUUCGUGUACUAGGAGUGAACAUCCUCGGAAAAUUCUUAGCUAACAGAGACAACAAUAUUCGAUAUGUGGCGCUCAACACCCUCAUUAAAGUAGUGGCUGUGGAGCCCAAUGCCGUCCAAAGACAUAGAAACACGAUUCUAGAAUGUUUACGGGACGCUGAUAUUAGCAUACGGCGGCGGGCUUUGGAUCUUAGCUUUACCCUUAUCAAUGAAGGCAACGUCAGAGUUCUUGUCAGAGAACUCUUGGCGUUCCUUGAAGUUGCCGAUAACGAGUUCAAACCCAUUAUGACAACUCAGAUAGGGAUAGCUGCCGAUCGAUUUGCCCCCAAUAAACGAUGGCACGUCGAUACUAUGCUUCGGGUCCUUAAACUUGCUGGUAACUAUGUCAAGGAACAGAUUUUGUCUUCUUUCGUUCGCCUUAUUGCAACAACUCCAGAACUCCAAACCUACUCCGUCCAGAAACUUUACACUAGUUUAAAGGAAGAUAUCUCUCAAGAAGCGUUAACCCUUGCUGCUUCCUGGGUUAUUGGCGAGUAUGGGGAUGCUCUCCUCCGUGGUGGACAAUACGAAGAGGAAGAACUAGUGAAGGAAGUUAAGGAAAGUGAUAUAGUGGACCUUUUCACCAACAUACUUAAUAGCACCUAUGCGACCCAAGUCGUGACCGAAUACAUUAUUACGUCUGCAAUGAAAUUAUCGACAAGAAUCACGGAACCCGCACAAAUCGAGCGUAUUCGACGUCUUCUUAGUAGUAGAUCUGCAGAUCUGAGCGUCGAAAUUCAGCAAAGAGCGGUAGAGUACACUAAUCUGUUUCGGUAUGAUCAAAUCAGGCGUGGAGUGCUGGAGAAGAUGCCUCCCCCCGAAAUCCGGGAAGAACAGAGGGUAUUAGGGGAAGCGACAAAUAAACGGCAAAGCAGAAUGUUGAAAGACAAGUCCAAAAAACCUGCCAAGCCAUCAGAGCAGGAUAUACUCCUCGACCUUAUGGGUGGCUCCGACGAUAGUUCCGCCAAUAUCGCCUCCACGGCCAAUGAAUCCCAGAAUACGGCUGACCUAUUGGCCGACAUUUUGGGCGGAGGCUCCUUACACGCCACUACUCCCAGUCCUUCUCAACCCGCACCCGCCCAGUCGCCCAAUAUAAGCGCUAUUAUGGAUCUUUUUGGUUCGAACGGCACCUCACCAGCGCCUCAGGCGCCACAGCCGUCCUCAUCGAUUGGGCUUCUGGGAAGCCUCGAGACACCUGCCGCUCAAACGCCUCCCCCAAGCUCUGCACCUCCUGCCCAAACUGUAUUCGAGAAGAACGAUUUGUUAUUGGCACUCCAAAUCCAACGGAGUAGCGCUGGAGCUCAAAUAUUGGCUCGUUUCCGGAACACGUCUGCUUUUGACCGCUUCUCCGGAGUUGGGUUGCAGGUGGCGGUACCUAAAACUCAAAAACUUCAGCUCAAUGCCAUCAAUAAGUCUGAUCUGGAAGGUGGAGAAGAGGGAACUCAGGGAAUGAGAGUUACUUGUAUAAAUGGGCCCUUGUCAGGGAAGCUUCGACUUCGUCUUAGAGUCACCUACUCCAAGAACGGAGCACCUCCAGUGACUGAGCAGCUAGCUUGGACAGAACCUUGA